AUGUCCACGUUGCUCCCCGGGCUUCACAUUAGCAGAAAAAUCCCCUGGAAUGCGCCGGUAGAAACAGUCCAUUUUCGAUUUCGUUCCCGCCACAUCACAGCCAUCGGCCAGGCAGCCGACAACUAUCAUCCCAAUGUCCGCCGCUUAAAAAUCCAGUCGACCCUGUUGGACCAAGUCAUCAAGGCCAUUCUCUACCUAUUCCCGAAAUUCGCACAAGCCUACCUGCGGCGAUGGUUCCCCGAGUGGUACCUCCCGUCGGCCAUCGUCCUAAAGUCCCAGAAACCCGACUGGGAAGAGGAAUUCGACAACGAGCUGGCCUCGUACCGCAGCCUGCAGUCGCUCCAGGGAACCGUCAUCCCGCGGCACUUUGGCGUCGUGCACUUUGCCGGGGUGCGAAGCCACCUCAUGGCAGACGUUGGCGGAGUGUGCAUCCCUUACACGACCGAGACGGCGGAAGAAGCUUAUACCCUUGUUCGCAAGCUCCUGUACGAGUCGCUCACUGCGCUUGCGUCGAGGGGCUUUGUGCAGGAUGACGUGAAGCUCGACAACUUCCACGUUGUUGGGAGCAGAGUCGUCGUCGUGGAUUUGGAGCGAGUCGAGAGGGGCAGAAGCCCCGACGAGCUGGCCAAGUUUGUUGACUCGAGCAUUCAGACUCUUAUGCAGCAAUACCGAAACUACCUGGAAAACUUGAGAGCUAGAUACCCCUGA